UUGAGGGUCUUCAAAUUCAGAUGGUCCGAAUCGGAUCUCCAGGGCAUGAGUGAAUGCCGGCCAAGUGUUAAACCGGCUAUUGCGAUGCAUCCAUUGGAACCACUGCAGAGCAUGGCCGUCCAUGUGAAAUGACGAUAUCGCAAGGCGUUGUUCAUCAACUGUAUUAUGGUAAUGGAAGAAUCUCUCGGUCUUGAAGAUCCAGCCCAGAGGAUCAUCUCCAUCGAAGCGAGGGAAGUCAAGGCGUAUGAGGCGAGGCUGGUGCUGUUGCGUUUGGAGUGGUGGAUGAUAGUCAGCGGUUGGGGAAUCCAGGAUGCCAUCUGGACGAGAAUCUAGAGGGGAAGAAGGGGAAGGCAUACAGAGAACCUAUUCCAAACGGCUGUCCAAUGCCGUGAGAUGCAAAACCAGCUCGGAGAGGACCCGUUGCUAAUCGCCGAUGGCGGAAUGAAGGGAGUUCAAUUGGUCGCCAUGAGCGGAGGAAGAGUCGCGAAGGGUCUGGAUAGCGUCUUCGAUUUGGCAAAAAUGGGUACCUUCAGCCAUGGCAGAAGAAAUCAGUGAAAGCACCAAUGUUAUGACUCUGCAGAAACCUGCUUUGAUUCUUAAUUGGAUUCAAGAAGAAUUACAGAAUACUACUUCGAGUGUAGUAACCUCCUUGAGAAAAAACGAUGAGAAACUGCGAAAGAAGAAUAAGUUUUUUGUGAUUCGUUUCUCAUCCCCCCAUUACAUCUUAUAUGCCUUCUCUAACCAAAAACAGUUAUGGGUCUAUGUUCUGUUGUUUCCCUUUACACGUAAUCCUCUAAUGCUAAUGGCCUUGUCCUUUGUCUAACGCUCCUUCGGGUGUGAGUUGCUUCUGGAGUCUUUGUUGUCAGCUCAGCUGCCCUUGUGGCAAUGUCUCCUUCCACGUCUUGGACCAUAACAGUGUGCAUACAGGAUAAUCGGUUAGCAGCUAAAAGAGGUCAAGGACACUAGACAUGUACCAGUCCAGAUUCUGAAGUGAGCUGAUGAGUUGAGUAGGGACGGGACAUGGAGUACCACACCCAGGUGCUCUUAACAUGUGCAGGACUCGACGCUUUCUCGACGUGGCGCCAUUUCUAGACCUCGUUCGUAGAUGCAAAACCCUUAGAUCCUUUAAGCAAAUCCAUGCACAACUAGUAACCUCAGGAACCAUUGAACAUUGUGACGGUUUGCUAGUGAACCAGAGUAUUGGAUUUCUUGCAAGUUCUGUUCAUAAUCUUGAGUACGCCUGCAACUUCCUGAAUCAAAUUCGAUAUAAUCUAAGCUCUUUCCCUUUCAAUACGUUGAUUGCUGGCUAUGCUGGCAGCGACACGCCGUGGGCUGCAAUUCUAGCCUAUAAGCGGAUAGUGAGAAAUGGGUUCUUGGCUGACAAGUACACUUUCCCAGUCCUUGUCAAGUCAUGUGCCAAGGUUCUGGGGAUUGUAGAGGGGAAGCAGGUCCAUGGUGUGGUUGAGAAGAUGGGUUUCUCGAGUGAUCUCUUCGUGCAGAACUCGUUCGUCCAUCUGUAUGGUGUGUGCUGCUAUUGCAACGAAGCUACCAAACUGUUUGAUGAAAUGCCUGUAAGAGAUGUCGUUUCUUGGAAUGCUCUGAUUUCUGGAUAUGUGAAGGCAGGUCUCUUCGGUGAGGCCAUGAAUCUAUUCAUGAAGAUAGAUGUGGAUCCGAAUGAGGCAACCGUGGUUAAUGUUCUUGUCGCUUGUGGGAGAUUGAGGAAUCUCGGUGCAGGUAGAGUGAUUCAAGGAUUAAUUUUCAAGGGUGGAUUUGAGAUGAGCCUGGAGAUUGGCAAUGCUCUUAUGGACAUGUAUCUCAAAAGUGAGUGCAUGGAUGAGGCUAGACAGCUUUUUGAUGAGCUUCCCAACAGGGAUAUCAUUUCAUGGACUUGUAUAAUAAGUGGCUUAGUGCAAUGCAAACGCCCCAAAGAGGCACUAGAGCUGUUUCGUACCAUGCAAAGCUCUGGUGUGGAUCCUGAUAAGAUGACACUAGCUAGUGUGCUUUCUGCCUGUGCAAGCCUAGGUGCAUUUGUUUGUGGAAGGUGGGUUCAUGAGUAUAUAGAACGCUGUGGAAUUGAGUCGGACAUUUAUAUUGGAACGGCCUUGAUUGACAUGUAUGCAAAGUGUGGGUGUGUGGAGAUGGCAAUGGAUAUCUUCCACGGCAUGCGCCAGAAAAAUGUUCUUACAUGGAAUGCAUUGCUUGGAGGCCUAGCGAUGCACGGUCUUGGCAAGGAGGCCCUCAAAUAUUACGAACAAAUGAUUAGAACUGGGCUGCGACCUAAUGAGGUGACAUUUCUAGCCAUUCUGAGUGCCUGCUGCCACUCUGGCCUCGUUGAACAAGGCCGCAGGCACUUCUAUCUGAUGUUUGAUCACGACCAUAAUCUCACUCCGAGGAUAGAACAUUAUGGAUGCAUGGUUGAUCUGCUUGGUCGUGCUGGGCUUGUAAAUGAAGCACAAGGGCUUAUCUUGACAAUGCCUAUGCAACCUGAUGAGCUCAUAUGGGGUGCUCUACUCAGUGCCUGCAAAGCCCAUGGAGAUGUUGAGCUUUCCCGGCAUAUUUUGGACAAGCUGCUUGAGCUUGAGUCCCAUGACAGUGGGAUCUAUGUUCUUCUUUCCAACAUAUUUGCAGUCAAUGGUAGGUGGGAAGAUGUAACCAGAGUAAGGAGGUUGAUGAAGAACAGGAGUAUAAGGAAAGUCCCUGGGUCUAGUGUCAUAGAGGUCAAUGGAAGUAGCCAUGAGUUUUUUGUUGGAGACACCGAGCAUUCUCAUAUGAAGGAAAUUCAUCACGUGCUAAAUAUGCUAGCAAAACAAGCACAUCUUGAAGGGCAAAUUGUGCAUCAUAAGUUCCAAGGAAUUCAUUUUUUACAUGAAAUAUGAAUAUUCCUCUCUCUUAAA